AUGCCUUGGGGAGACAAGAAAUUGGAAGAGCUGAUUGAGGAAUUGGGGAGUAGAAAUCCUCGAGUGAUUGAUCAUCCCUUGAUCUUGGUGGCACCCGCUCCACCUCAAAAUCCAGCAAAUGGAGAUGUAAUUCAGCAACAACUCCCACCUGAUACAGUAGCUUUGCUAGUCGAAAUGGCGGAAGACUAUUCGAAAAAGAGAAGAACAAUUGUGCUCUCUAAUGCAACACAAGGAACGAAGAACGAUCUGAUGGACAUGCUGGGUUUAGAGGAAAAAGGUGUCUCUUGGCCAAACAAGCCUUCACUUCCGCAAUGCUCUGGAUUUGAAUGGUUUCACAGCCAGGAGGAUUCUAAGGAAAAUCGGAAGGGGCACAUGGGUCAUCUUGGAAAGAUGUUGAGGAUUCCGCAGACCCACCAACUGGCAGAUGUGCAACCAGACAAGGGGCUGCUUUCAGUGGAAUUCCAUCCCACAGUGACAGAGAGUCGAAGAGUGAGUGGGACUAUGGAUGUUGCCAUUGCACGAACCCAGCACGUUAGCAAUCAAGCGGUUCGGAACAACAUAGAAACUUUGCUGGAAUUGAAAGAACCGAGAAACAUGCAAGGUGCUGACCACUGUCCGGAAACAAUUGGCGAACACAUCGCUGCAUCUUAUCUGAACAUCAAUCAUGCUGUGGUAUCAGUGUUGGCAGAUCUGAACAUGAAGUGGACCUUUUUUUGGUUUGCCAUCUGCGAUGCAGAGAUGUCCCUCUGCAAGGUCUUCCUCCAAGGUAAUGAUGCUGCAGCGGGGGCAAAGUACCUUCUGGACAGCCUUUAUGACAAGUCAGAUGGGCGUGCCCUACCAGACACUUUUGCCAAACGUCAAUCUCUUCAAGCUGUUCUGGAUGGCCUCGUCCAGCGAAAGAGGGCGCGAACAGUUCCUGAUGGUGACAAUGAGCAAAACCCCGACCAAGAUUCGUAG